GUGUGGCACCGGGUGACGGGUUGGGAGGGAAGGCACUCCGGUAUGUGGAUGGCUCAUUUGGCCUGGCCAGUGGGUGCUGGAGCCUGAGCCCUGCUGACACUUGGGACCAAGAGGGACCCCGACAAGAGGAGCUGGUAACAGACAUUCAAAACCUCUUGUCAGGCAGAACCCAGCGCUGCAGUCGGGUUGACUGGCUGCAAAUCUCUCAACUUCAGCUGUGAGGCCCAGGUGAGCUGGGUCCAUCUCUGAGCUUUGGUUCCUCAGCUGCCAGCCCCAUCAUGUUACUCUGGGUCCCAGUCCUGAGGCCCAGGGUUCAAAUCUACUGACCUGGACCAGUGCCCAGCUAGCUAGGGGAGGCCCCCAGCCAGCCUCAGCUCAUCUUCCCAAUCAACUAGUAAUCAUAUCUGAUUUGUGGUGUUGCAUAUCUGUAAUCCCAGCACUCUGGGAAGCUGAGGCAGGAGGAUCACAUGUUUAAGCCCAACCUGGGCAAUUUAGUGACUUAGCAAGUAUUUAUAGAAACUAUAAAAAGGGCUGAGGAUGUGGCUUAGUUCCAAGGUUCUGAGUUCAAUUCCUAGUUCAAAAAGAAAGAAAGAAAGAAAAGAAUGUAAUAUGUUAUGUGCUGGUCUAUUUUUUUUUUUUUUUUUUUUUUUGAGACAGGGUGUUUUGAUGUAGUUCCUACAGUUCUUCAGCUCACUAUGUAGCCUAGGUUGGCCUUGAACUCUUGGCCAUCCUCCUGUCUCAGCCUCCUGAGUGCUAGGAUUACAUGCCGGCCUAGUCGUGUUUUGCAGUAUAACAAACCAUCCCAAAAUGUGGUCGGUUAACUUUGUGUGCUCAUGAAUUAGAACAGGAGCAAGUAUAGGCUUCUCCAUGCAGCACAGCAGCACCGCUGGGGGUGACUUGAAGGGGGGAUCAUAGGUUCGACUUUUUUUUUUGGUACCACAGAGGGAACUCAACCUUGCGCUUGCCAGGGAGGUGAUUACUCCACUGAGCUGAAUCAGCCUGCACACCCUCUACCCCUUCUUAAUGAGAAGUAUCUAGCCUUCACCAGACCCCAAAGCCUUCCCGGUGGAUUCUGAGAAUUUCUGCAGCACUUAAUACACAGAAGAUGGUGAGCACCUGAGGUGAGGGUCCAACACCUGCAUGUUCAACAUAGUUAUCUGAGGAAAAGGGAGCGCCGUGAAGCCCCCUCAGGACGCUCCCCUUCAUCUCAGACACACUCCAUCAUUCCUGCUGCUUUGGAAGCAGUCCUGGAAGUCCUUUUCAGUGAGUGUCGCCCUUGUGGCUGCCUGGAUGCCCAGCACCUACUCAAAAAGUUUACCUUUCAUAAUUGUUCUGAUUCUGGCCAAGAGCCAGAAAUCACUUGGUGCCAGAUCUGGCAGACGAGGACACCCCAAAAUGGUUUUAUGGGCCCGCAUGUCCGUUGGAUGACAGCAGUGGCCCUCACUGUAGUUUUGAUCACACUCAGGAAAGAGGAUUUACACAAGAAUGAUAGGAUAUGUGCAUUCAAGCGAGGGGCAGGACUCUGAGGGGACUAAAGGCAACGCGACUGCUAUGACACACGGUUAUACAUUUCACUCCCACCUUAUCAGUGUACUAAGGGUUACAGAGCAUUCCACGCUGAACAGUGGCCCUGCUGCCAACACGCUGAUGACUGAGGACAGACUGAAAGGGAAGAGCUUCCUCACCAGCCUGGGACUCACCCAGCUUCUUCCUCUGGCUCUGCAACAUCCUGCAGGUCCCUUGGCCUCUCUGAGCCACAGUGGCCGGUCAGUAAAGGCACCCAGCUCAGAAGGCGUUUGAAAGGGUUCAGCCCCACAUAAUAGCACAGGAGGAAUUUAGCGUGGUUCCUGGAACAACGUAAGCUGUAAUUAUUGUUAUUGUUCUUAAUAAGGUGAGACCUGAAGGACAAGUUAUGACUGAGCGGGUGUGUGUGUCUGUGUCUGUGUGAACAGGCCAGGAGGGGACACAGCAGGAAGGCAGGGAGCCCAGAGACAGCCCAGGAGUCAGCACCUAAGGGGAGCUGCUGGACCCAUGAGGAGAAGUGGGGUUCACUGAGGAGCUGGGAUACUUCCAGGGCGCGCUGAGGAGGGCAGGGUGAGCCCUGAUGGAGAGUGACCUUCAGGUGCACUAGAGGGACUUUUGGAGCCUGGGCAGUAGGAACUCAGAUGAGAGGAGGGCAGAGAAAUUCAGAAGGCAGGAGGGCAGGGAGGAGGUAGGAAGGCUCCCCAGCACCUGCAGACAUGACUAAGCCCCCUGGAGACGGAGAAGCAGGAGAAGGGCUGGAUCUGGGUCGGAGGGCAGAUGCUGGGUGAAGGGGGAUGCAGAGCUUGUGAGGGUCUGAGGACGUGGAAACGCAGCUCUGGGUGGCAGGAGAGAUGGCUGUGUGGGAGACAACUUGAGACUGGGUCGGGGGACAGUAGGGAGCCAUGGGGGGUCUGGAGUAGAGGAGGAGCGGGAUCAGACACAGAUACAUCUGAGGCUGCAGGGCAGACAGGGCGGACCAGAGACAAAGGGUAGAGAGGAGGAAGCCAUUAGUCGAGGACCUUUCCAACAGUGGGUCUCAUGGUCCUCUAGGAAACUUUCCUAGCUUGUUUCCAGACAGGCUACCACCUUUCCAGCUGGGACUCCUCUCUCCCCAUCUUCCCCCGAGGGUGGGGAGGACAGAUUCGGCUGGGCCUCCCACAGCCAGGGCCAGCUGAGAAGAUGAGAAGGGUGGGGUAGGUGGCUCAGCCACCAGGUGGGUAGGGGGACCCCAGCACCUCCCCACUGGAUCUGGCUGCCUUCUCCGCCCAGGAAGCUAAGCUACCAGUCCUGUUGGACUUGUCCUGCCCAGGAGGGAUAGGUGCAGGUCCUGGCUUUCUCCAGUGUCCUGUCGGGUGCGGCCAGCACCAUGGACAUCUCGUGGGCUCUGGAGCUUUUCCUACUCCUGGGGCUCCUUACCACUCCUGGACUUCAGCAAACCAAUUUCACCCCUGCCAUCUCCUCAGACUCCAUCAGCAUCUCCUCCCAGGGCCAGACUUCCAAAGUGCCCACCAUCAAUCCCUCCAGACAUCAGUUUCCAGGGCCAAUGGCCUCAGCUGAAAUCCCUGAUUCUGACUGGUUUCCUGAGGCCCUGAAUUCGAAGGAUGUGUCUGGGCCUCCCUGGCCAAACACUUCUGCGGACCACCAUCAUUUGAGCUCAGAUCCCACCUUCUCCAAAAUUCCUGGUUCUGAAGCAUUUCCUGAGUUCUUAGAUUCUCAAGUUCCUGCGAAAGGCCCUGAACCUUCCUCUUCUGUUAAAACCCCAGCUUCGAACACUGCUCCCCAAAUCCGGGACACCAAAGUAUCUGCUGAGGACCCAGGGUCAAAGUUUCCCCCUCAAGAUGUAGACCUUGAAGACUUUUCUCGAAACUCCGAAUCCAAAGUUUCCUUGGAGACCCACCCAGCUGCAAGCUUCCCCCAGCAGGUGGGGGGUCCACUCGCUGUGCUAGUGGGGACCACCAUCCGGCUGCCCCUGGAUCCAGUGCCCAGACCGGGCCCCCCUGUUCCGAUGGUGGUCUGGCGCCGGGGCUCCAAGGUGCUGGCAGCUGGCGGCCUGGGGCCAGGGGCUCCCCUGAUCAGCCUGGACCCUGCUCACCGAGACCGCCUGCACUUUGACCAGGCCCGAGGGGGUCUGGAACUUGCCACUGCCCAGCUGGAUGAUGCUGGGGUCUACACGGUAGAGGUCAUCCGGGGUGGCAUCUCUAGGCAAAUUCAGGAGUUCAUGGUGGGCGUGUACGAGCCCCUACCCCAGCUGUCGGUGCAGCCCCAGACCCCAGAGACUGAAGAGGGGGCGGCUGAGCUCCGGCUGCGCUGUGUAGGGUGGAGGCCUGGCAGUGGGGAGCUGAGCUGGAGCCGGGAAGGACACGUCCUGCAGACUGCGGACUCCGAGGGAGUAGAGCCGCUCCGGAUCCACGCCGAGGGCCCAGAGCUGCGCCUGGUGCGCCCGGUGCGCAGUGACCACGCCCGGUACACGUGCCGCGUGCGCAGCCCCUUCGGCCACGCGGAGGCCACGGCAGAUGUCAGCGUCCUCUACGGCCCGGACACCCCGGUCAUCACGGUCUCCUCGGAUCGCGACGCCGCCCCUUCGCAGUACGUCACCAAGGGCAGCACGGUGACCCUGCGCUGCAGCGCCGCCUCGCGGCCGCCUGCCGACAUCGCGUGGAGCCUAGCGGAUCCCGCAGAGGCCGCAGUGCCCGCGGGCCCUCGCCUUCUGCUGCCCACCGUGGAACCUGGCCACGCCGGCGCCUACGCUUGCCUUGCCACGAACCCGCGCACCGGUCAACGCCGCCGCUCGGUGAUCAACCUCACCGUGGCAGAUCUGCCCCCCGGCUCUCCGCAGUGCUGGGUCGAAGAGAGUCCUGGCGACCGCAGCCUCCGAUUCCGCUGCUCCUGGCCGGGCGGGGUCCCUGCCGCCUCCCUACAGUUCCAGGGUCUCCCCAAAGGCGUCCGCACUGGCCCGGCGCCCUCGGAGCUACAGGCGACCGUCCCCGUCCACCCCCGGCUGAGCGGCGUCCCGGUCACCUGCCUCGCUCGCCACCUGGUGGCCACGCGCACCUGCACUGUCACCCCAGAGGCACCCCGGGAGGUGCUGCUACAUCUGCUGGUGGAAGAAACCCGCUCAGGGCAGGCACAGGUGGUCCUACAGGCCUCUGGGUGCACCCAACCUUCUCGAGCUGUCUGGGCUCGGGAAGGCAGGCCCCUGGCUCCUAGAGGCGGGGGUCGCUUGCACCUCAGCCAGGACGGGCGCAGACUGCUCAUCAGCAACUUCAGCCUGGAGUGGGACCUGGGAAAUUAUUCCGUGCUGUGCAGCGGGGUGCUAGGUGCCGGGGGUGAUCAGAUCACCCUCAUUGGCCCUUCCAUCUCUUCCUGGAAGCUACAGAGAGCCCGAGAUGCAGCAGUGCUGACUUGGGAUGUGGAGCGUGGUGCCCUGAUCAGCAGCUUUGAGAUCCAGGCGCAGUCGGAGGAGACUGAUUCCAGCAGAGCCACCAGUUACAGAGAUUGGAUCUCCCUGCUCGUCCUGGGGCCUCAGGAGCGGUCAGCUGUGGUGUCCCUCCCUUCUCAGAGCCCCAGGACCUCGGUUUUGCGCAUCCUGCCCAUUUUGGGGACCCAACCAGGGACUCCAUCUCAAAGCCGAAUUUACCAGGCAGUUCCCAUUCUGGGCCCCGGGGCCAUUGCUGGCAUCGUCCUGGGCUCUCUGUUAGGCUUGGCCCUGCUGGUCACACUCAUUUUCCUGUGCAUCUGCUGCCUGCGGCGCUUCAGAGGAAAGUCUCCUAAUUUGAAAAAGAAGUAUCCUCCGACCUUGACUCCCGUGGUCACCACACCAGAAAAGAAGACACAGGGUGUGACCCCAGUCCAGACUCCGCAGCUGCUGCCCUUCAAAUUUCCGCUGGAAGACACCUGCCCAGCCAGGGCCCAGCCAGCUGCUGCCCCCAAGACCCCCAGGAUGGUUGUCCCCGCAGCUGGUGGGCUCAAAACUAUUAGGACAGCCACGCAGGUGUGAUCUGCACCCAGAAGCCCACGCUGUGCUGGGAAUUUGGGGCCCAGACUUCCUCGUUUGCCCUGGCAGCAGGUAGGGCCUGCUGCAACCAGGGAUUGGACCCCAAAAGUGAGACUUCCUGUCUUCCUUUCUUGUUGGAGAAGAUUCAACUUGUAUUUGUGCAGUGAAGCAGUAUGGUCCACACUGCCUCCUGCGGCAGAUAGGCUGAUAGCAUGCUGAGCUGCUCCUGGCUGGAGGGGGAACCUGGCUGGGUCUCCGGCUUCACUCUGCCGCCAACCCCCACUUCUGGCUGGGCUCCCAGAGACUGUAUCAUAAGACAGAUCAGAUUCCUCCUGAUCCUCAAUUCUUUCAAUGCUUCUAGGGCUGCAUGCCACCUUUUCAGUGUUACCCAAAGCCUCUUCCUGACUUGCAGGGUCUUGUGGUUUGGCCUGUGCCAGCUGCCCUGACCUCCCUUCCUGGGGCUGCCCACUCCUUGUCAGUACAGGCUUGUUCUUAGCCGUUCUGUGUCCCCAGGGCUCGGCCUGGACACUUCUCCUGUCUCUUACUUAGCAAGGUCAGGGCAACUCUGCCUGUCCCAGGAAACCUCUUCCUUUACCUUGGUCACAGGUCAAGUUCUGCUACCCCCGAACUUCCCCCUCCCUGUCUGCAGAUACGCAAUUCCCUGAGUCGCUUAGAUCCUCUAGUCAACAGAUCUUCUUGAAGACACAAACGGUACCAUUUUCUCAGUACUUAACACAGGGCCUGACACACACCAGGCGAUCAAUACACAUCUGCUGACUGAUCAAGCGGGUUUUGGUGCCAGUCAAGAGUGAGCCUGCCUACACUUUACCCAACAUGGUCCUUCCUGCCUCUGCUGGGCUUCCCACUGAGGAGUUAGGAGGUGUACAAACAAAAGAAACAAAAGAAAUGGUGACAAGAAAUAUAAAGCUAAAUGCUUCACCUGGGCUCAGCAACUCAAUGGCCUUAUCCAGGACCCGGACCCUUUGAAUCUUUCUGCUUUGCCCCUUUUUAGUGGGUUGGCAUAUUUUAUCCAGGUGCUGUUGUCUCCUGUAGCAACAUGGCUGCUGCAGUUCCAGUGGUCACACCUUCACACAACAGUAUCGAAAGACAAAAGGAAGGGGGUGCCCCUCCUAUAAAAACACAUCUCUCUGUUCUCUCUCCUUCCCCCAUCCUUGUGUGCAUGAGACAGAGAGAGAGGAGACAGACAGAGUCUACCAACCAACUUUGCUUUGUAUCUUUGGCCACAUUGGCCAGAGAGGGACAAAAAAGGCUUGGAAACUAAA